UUUCUCCAUACAAACUGCACUGCUGCGCAGGGAGCUGUAGUCUGGCCGCUCUGUGAGGCUUCUCCUCCCCUCAUACAGUCGCCACAGCCAGUGAUCUGGGCUCCCACUAAUGACUGGAUCCCCUUUAGGAGCUGACAAAUCCAGACCCCCCCAGGACUAAGUUCAUUGACUCUGGAAAUCGCUGCGAGUGUUGGAGCUGUGCUGCCGCUGCGCCUCUGGACUGAUCCCUCUCCGGUGAUUGCGCACCCAUUGCCUGUUUUACGCACGGUGCCAACCUUGCGCGCAUUUUGCGCGCUGCUCCCCCUCAGCCCCAAGCCCGGCUCCUCAAUGCUGAACAUGAGUUCGGAGCAGGAGCACGUCCCGGAGCCCCCCUGCAGCCCCACUGGCACUGCCAGCUCCAUGUCUCACGUUUCGGACUCAGACUCGGACUCCCCGCUGUCCCCGGCCGGCUCGGAGGGGCGCGGCUCCCACAGACCCCCGGGCAUCUCCCAGCUCUCCAAACGGGACGGGGAAGAGACCAUGGACGAGCGCUUCCCAGCGUGUAUCCGAGAGGCAGUGUCCCAGGUGCUGAAGGGCUACGACUGGAGCUUGGUGCCCAUGCCAGUCCGGGGCUCCGGGGGCCUCAAGGCGAAACCCCACGUCAAAAGACCAAUGAACGCCUUUAUGGUGUGGGCACAGGCGGCCAGAAGGAAGCUGGCAGAUCAGUACCCACAUUUACACAAUGCUGAGCUUAGCAAGACCCUGGGCAAGCUGUGGCGUUUACUGAGUGAAAAUGAAAAACGUCCCUUUGUGGAGGAAGCCGAGAGACUGAGAGUGCAGCACAAGAAAGACCAUCCCGAUUACAAGUACCAACCACGGCGAAGGAAGAGCGCCAAGGCGGGCCAAAGCGACUCCGACUCCGGAGCAGAGCUGGGGCUUCACGGGGGCUCCCAGAUGUACAAGAGUGACUCAGGAAUGGGGAGCAUGGGAGAAAAUCAUCUGCAUUCCGAGCACGCAGGUCAAAACCACGGACCUCCAACUCCUCCCACCACGCCCAAGACUGACCUCCAUCAUGGCGGCAAGCAAGAGUUGAAGCAUGAAGGCAGGAGGAUGAUGGAGAGUGGGCGGCAGAACAUAGAUUUCAGCAAUGUGGAUAUCAGCGAACUGAGCAGCGAAGUCAUCAACAAUAUAGAAGCCUUUGACGUGCAUGAGUUUGACCAAUAUCUUCCCCUUAAUGGCCACGGGCCUAUUCCUGCUGACCAUGGGCAGAAUGCAACAGCGGCACCCUAUGCGUCCUCGUAUACCCACGCGCCCGGAGCCACCGCAGCCCCCGUUUGGUCGCACAAGAGUCCCUCUACUUCAUCUUCUUCUUCCAGUGAGUCCGGUCAACAGAGACCCCACAUCAAGACAGAGCAAUUGAGCCCCAGCCAUUAUAACGACCAGUCUCAGGGGUCACCUACCCAUUCUGACUAUAAUACCUACAGUGCCCAGGCAUGUGCCACCACCGUGCCAAGUGCUACAGUGCCCACCACUUUCCCCAGCUCCCAAUGUGACUACACGGACCUCCCAAGCUCUAAUUAUUACAACCCAUACUCCGGUUAUCCAUCCAGUCUCUACCAAUAUCCAUACUUCCAUUCGUCCCGGCGGCCUUAUGCUACACCUAUCCUCAACAGCUUGUCCAUCCCACCCUCUCACAGCCCCACCUCCAACUGGGACCAGCCUGUCUACACAACCCUGACGAGGCCUUAAACGAGUUUUUUCCUUGAGUGAAGUGACUAUAACGCCAUAAUAAGGUCUCUGGUAGCUGAACUUCUUCCAGAACAUAUGCACUAUGACGGAGCGGUGGGAGACGCAGUGCCAGUUUCUAAGUGCCUGCUGAUAAACUGAGGAUUUUUUUCUUUUCUACUCUGAAACGGGGUGAUGGGCCUUCGAGGCUUCCCCAGAAAUGAAUUUGGAAAUCUAUAUUUUAUGGGCUGUGACAUAAGAUGAAGGGGAAUUCUCCUACAUGAAGACUUUGAACAGUAGGUGCCAAAAAGCUUUGCCGUUUUAUGCGACGUGAAACCAGACCAACGAUUCUGAUUCUGACCAAUUUCUACAUUUCCAACAAGUCCGUUUCCAACAAGACAAGAGGUUCGACCAAUGAUGUUGCCUUUGGGUUACUGUUGUAGUAUUCCCUAUCUGAUGGCAUUAUCCAGCAUUGCUCCCAAAACCCCAAUGGCCCCCCCCCCCCCCAGUGACUGUAUCUGGGCUCCGGCGAGGAAUUCCUACAACUUUUCCCCUUUCUCGUGCCUCAUGGUUUUUUUUGUUUGACUACGGAGAGUCCCAUUUCCAUGGAAUUUUCUAAGCAAUGUUUUAAACUGUAAUUAACAUUUUUUUUUUUCCUAAAUGUCCUUAUAGUUUUAAGAGCGGUUU